UAUACGUUAGGGGGCGCCAAAUAGUUUGACCUCUUUCUGUAUGAGGUGAGAGAGACAGCACUACUCAGUCAAAAUGACAACAUUACGGCCUUUUACGUGCGACGAUUUGUUUAAAUUCAAUAACAUUAACCUGGAUCCUCUGACAGAAACAUAUGGGAUCCCGUUUUACCUGCAGUACCUCGCUCACUGGCCGGAGUACUUCAUUGUUGCAGAAGCUCCUGGUGGUGAACUGAUGGGCUACAUUAUGGGUAAGGCCGAGGGAUCCGUGGCUCGGGAGGAGUGGCACGGCCACGUCACCGCGCUGUCCGUUGCCCCCGAGUUCAGGCGGCUCGGUCUGGCAGCGAAGCUCAUGGAGAUGCUGGAAGAAAUCUCAGAGAGGAAGGGCGGUUUCUUUGUCGACCUCUUCGUGCGAGUCUCCAACCAGGUGGCGGUGAACAUGUAUAAGCGUCUGGGCUACAGCGUCUACAGAACAGUGAUCGAGUAUUACUCUGCCAGCAACGGCGAGCCCGACGAAGACGCUUACGAUAUGAGGAAAGCUCUGUCCAGAGACACAGAGAGGAAGUCCAUCAUCCCGCUCCCACACCCUGUCCGACCUGAAGACAUUGAAUAACAAUAGACUGUGGCUCUCUGAGACUCCGCCUUCUUUAAUGGUAAUAAGCACAUGAGAUGUGUCUAAUUCCUGGACAGAUCAGCUACACCCCACAAAGUUAAAAGAACUGUCACAUGUGCAGCAGUAAAGGACCGUUUUCCUAAUUUUGACACAUUGUGGAAAGACUACCUGCAGCAUUACUAAUUUUAUUUUACUGUGAAUCCAGUGACAGAGCAGGUGGUUCUAAAGCCCUGCAGUUCUUUCACUUCUCCUGUCUAUGGUUCAGAACAUGUGAAACGUUAAUAUUUUGGGACUUAAAUAACAAAAUGAUCAUUGCGGUCUAUCAAACUUCUGUCGGAGGGCCACAGAUUGUAAAUAGGUUUUACUCCCUAAACUCAUUUCAGUUUAAUAUUGUAAAUGAACACUGCAAAUGAAAAAUAAAGGGUUCUGUGUAA